AUGUUCUCAACAACACGCCAUUCCCAUGGACUUGACUCAAUACUUGAACGACAAGUAGACGAUUCUACUCUGCGCCAACGGUACAUCCAAUCACCCUCAUUCCCUUUCUUCUUGCUUUCGACAAUUUACCAUUACUUCCGGCACAUUCCAUUCCUUCCAGCGCCUCCGCUCGACCCCACCAAAAUCCGCCUCGUCUGUAUCUCUGAUACCCACAACAAUAUAAUCCCGCUCCCCGACGUUCCUCUGGGCGACGUGCUCAUCCAUGCGGGAGAUCUAAGUCAAUCCGGCUCCGCAGAGGAGUUGCAGAAGACACUGGAUUGGCUGCGGUCGCUUCCACACCGACACAAAGUGUUCAUUGGUGGGAACCACGACACAGGACUAGCGAAUGGCACGCAUUCGGCACUGGAUAUGAGCGACUUGAUUUACUUGUGCGACGAGGGAGUCAGCAUACGCGUGCGAGGAAGGAUGCUUCGAGUAUACGGCAGUCCAUGGACGCCGCAGCAUGGAAACUUCGUAUUCCAGUAUCCUCGUCACGCUGCGCAUGCUCGAUGGGCAAAGUUGGUUGAUGAGUCCGAGGCGGGGCGCAGGUUGGAUGUGCUCGUCACACAUGGGCCGCCCAAGGGACACGUAGACCAUCUUGGGUAUGGAUGUGAGGGGCUUCUGGACGGAAUAUGGCGAGUCAAACCCAAGGCGAUGAUAUGUGGCCAUAUUCACGCUGGUCGCGGUAUGGAGCUUUUGAGAUGGGAUGAAGGACAGCGGAUGUGGGAGAAUGCUGUGAGGGCGGGGAAUAGAGUAGGUUGGUUGAGCAUGGUGGCUACUAUCUGGAGAUUGGUAUAUGCGUGGUUGACGCAGAGGGGCAAGGACGGGUCGGAUGCAUGCUAUAUUGUCAACUGUGCUGUGGUGGGUGGAGCGAGGGAUGACCUUCUCCGGCCCGCUGUCGUCUUGGAUGUGUAG